AUGGACGUGCUGGAGCUUCCUUUCCACUUCUUGAGGGUGCCCAACCUUCGCCUCAGGGUUCCCAGCGUGAGCCUUCCGGGACCGAUGACAGUGUUCGCAUUCGUGUUCCUGUCGUGCUUCCUCGUCUUUUCGGGCAUCAUCUACGACAUCAUCGUCGAGCCGCCCUCCAUCGGAAGCCAUCAGGAACCCAACGGCUCAGUGAAGCCCGUAGUGUUCUUGCAGUAUCGCAUCAACGGUCAGUUCAUCGUCGAGGGUUUGUCGGCGGGCUUCCUCUUCAUCUUGGGCGGCUUCGGUGUCAUUCUCCUCGAUAAGGCAAACGCCAAGGGCCUCGAGACGAAGAAUCGAUACUUCCUUCUCAUCUGCGGCGGCGUGUGCUGUUUCAUCGCCUACAACCUGGCGAUCGUCUUCCUCAAGAUGAAGCUCCCCAACUACCAGCACUCUUGA